CGAGAGAGGAAAGCUGAUCGGGGCAACCACGCAUGGCAUCCAAACCGCUUGGACAGCUGGAGCUGGUAGGUGAAGCUGAAGCUUAAGCUGGCGACUGGCGCACACUUAUCGUUGAGCAACACAACGAAGCGCACGCGCAAAAUCGAAACGCUGUAAAAGGAGCAAAACGGUCCAGAGCAGAGAGUGGUCUUGCGGUAGUUGCACAUUGCAUUGGCAUUGGUCAUGGAAUGGGUAGUCAUUAAAAUUUCGCCUAUGUCUCUGCUAAGCAAGUGCAAUAAAAUUGUGAGCUUAUUACGAUGUGCGACUAAAAAGAAAGUUAUUGUCGUUGGUGGCCCAGCCGGUUGUUGUAGUACUGCUGGUGUUAAAUCUUCUUGGAGCCUGCUGCUAGGUAUUUGCAUAUUCACAUUGUGGCUCAACUUUCAGCAUUGCGAGGCAGUGCCAGCUUCAGUGCCAGUUGCUGCUACAAAUGAAUCCGCCUGGCCACCCCUGCGUCAAUAUGAUAUCUGGAGCGCUGAUUUGAAAUCACCAUCUUCUGACCAGCAACUGCAAAUGGAGCUUGAGCUGGUCGAGACGGAGGACGAGGAUGAUGCAGCAGCGCAUGAGCAGUUGCUGCUGCAGGAAGUGUACAGCAUUGGAUCCAAGCUUACGCAGAGCGGCGAGUGGAACAGCAAUCAAACGAGCAGCAACAGUCGACGUCCCAAGGUAAUACAUCUAUUUGCAGUGCCCGUAGAUGGCGAGUGCUUAUCGAAUGAUGGCCGCCGCUUGGGUAACUGCUUAAAUGCGUACGAAUGCCGUCAAAAGGGUGGACAGGCCAAAGGCGAGUGUGCCAUGGGUUUCGGCGUAUGCUGUGUCUUUGUGGCCACUUGUAAUGGAACCAUAAGCAAUAACCUGACAUAUAUUGUGUCGCCGGAGUUUCCCAGUUUUAUGCCCAGCAACUUCACUGGUUGCCAGCUCAGUGUCAAGAUGAUGAGUGAAGACAUAAGUCAGCUGCGUCUCGAUCUAUAUCACUUCUCCCUGGGUCAACCCAAUCGACGUACCGGCGUUUGCGAUGGAGACGUCUUCAAUAUCACCGGUGGUCCCACUGGACCUUUUACGCUCUGUGGCCAAAACAGCGGACAGCAUUUAUACUACGAUGUGGGAGUUCGCGCGCUGCCACGUCAGACAACGUUGUAUGGAAGUCUGCGACCGCCAGCUGCUACAAACAUGAGCACCUUUAAUGGUUACAAUGGUGUGGAGCAGCUCAUUGAGAUCAGUAUUAAUCUAUCGACACGCUUUCUGCCUAUUCGAUUGUGGGAGAUUCGGGUUGCACAGAUACCCUUCAGUCAGCGCGCACCGGCGGGAUGUUUGCAAUACCACACCGGAGUAGAGGGCAUUAUGCAGACUUUCAAUUUCGCUGACAACGGAAGGCACUUGGCCAACCAGCACUAUCGCAUCUGUAUGCGCCAGGAGUCCGACAUGUGCUCCAUCGUGUAUCAACCCUGCGAUGAGCAAUCCUUUCGCAUUGGUGGAGGUGGUGGCUCAUUUAUGUCCGGCAUGAACACUGAGGCGAGCAGCAGCAGCAGCUCUUCCAACCCCUGGCAACCGGAGGUGCCAUCGACGACGUCCAUAGCUGAUAAUACCACACCCACAAAUACCAUGGCGACGGGCAGUUUCAUGCAAACGAUCAACAAUUCGGUCAAUAGCCCCACAACGCCAGCGCCCGCGCAGCCAUUAAAUAACAACGUCAGCACAGUAACAACUGCAGCAGCAGCUGAUGUCACAUCUGCAGCCAGCAGCACGGCAGAAAUGACCACACCAAUUCCUUCACGUUCCAGUACUGUGCCUGCCAUGAGCACUGCUGCAGACGAAACGCCUUCGUCUUCACCCGCUAACGAUGACGCCGAGGGUUCUGGUGGGAGUGAAGACGAUAACAUUAUAAAUCUGUCUGGCGCGACAACAGAAAGGCUAGGCGUCUCAAGACGUCCCCGUCCAGUGGGUGGGGGAGGUUCCUCGGGUGGAUUCGAUCUGUUGGGCUUCUUGCGCAGCGCCUUUGAUUUACACCUCAGGCACCGUCGUCGUCGUCAAGCACGUCAAUUCUUUAGCACAUGCACAGAUCGCAUAACGAUGCCGUGCAUCAUUGAGGAUUUUAUUGGCACGGGCCUCGGCCCCUUGCCGGGAUGUGAACCGGUGCACUGCGGCGCCCAGUUUUGUUCCUCAGGUGUUUGGCCCUGUCGCAUUGAGAGCACCGUUACACCUUUUUACAUAGGAGUACAUUUUGGAGAUGGAAAUGUCGAAGGCAAAGGAAGUGCAGAGGAUAACAUUGGCGCCUGUCUACGGUAUUCCCAGGUGCAGUGCAUCUAAGCAGCAAUUCUACUUUGCCCAACUUUUAUUUCGUUUUAGGAAAUGCCUUGAAUAACAUAUUUAUAUAUUAUUUAAGUAUUACAAUU